CUCAACCUCACGAAGACGCUUUUCUCCUCAACGGCUCAACCUCGACUUCACGACGACAACAGAUUAUAAAUGGGUGAUAAGAAUAAUACAUCUGGAUCUUCUGCUAGUAGUAGAAGAACGGACCCAGGAUGGGCACAUGUAAUUCAAGUUAGUGAAAACAAUACCAAUGAUCUUCAAUGCAUGUACUGUAUGAAAGUUUACAAAGGAGGAAUUAAUAGAAUCAAGCAACAUCUUGCUGGGGGUUGCAAAAAUGUAAUUCGGUGUCCAAAAUGUCCAGAAGAUGUAAGGAAUCAAAUGCAGGAAUUCAUUGCUAAAAAAAGAGAGCAAAAAUCAAUUAUGAAUAUGGAAAGACCACCUGAAUUUGAUGAUGUUGAAGCACUGGGAUUAGAUGAAAAUGAGGAAGAGGAAGAGUUGAUGCAAGAAAUUGGCAGUGAAAGAAGAAGGCAAGUACUGGAAGUUACAGGUACUAGUGCUUUUAAAAAACCAAAAGUUUUACCACCACAAAGUAGUAGAGGGCCUAUUGACUGUUAUUUUUCCCCUAGACCUGCUGUUUUGGGAAAAAAUAUGAGGCAAACUACCAUUGAUGAAAAUAGUCCAGCUAAAAAGGAGUUAAGGGAGCGUGCUUGUGUUGCCAUAGCACGAUGGAUGUAUGAUGUGGGAAUAGCUUUUAAUGCUGUGAAUUAUGAUAGCUUUGGGGAAAUGAUUCGAGCAAUUGGAAAUUAUGGGAAAGAAAUGAAACCCCCAAGUUUUCAUGAGGUUAGAGUUCGGUUACUUAACAAAGAAGUGCAAAUCAUAAAUGAUCUUCUCGAGUCUCAUAAAGAAGAAUGGGAAAAUUAUGGAUGUACAUUGAUGUGUGAUGGAUGGACGAAUAGAAAAAGGAGAACCUUGAUUAAUUUCUUGGCUAAUAGUCCAAAGGGAAGUGUAUUUAUUAAAUCAGUUGAUGCAAGUGAUGAAUCAAAGACAGCAGCAUUGUUGGCUAGUUUGAUUGAGAAAGAAUUGAUAGAAAUUGGUCCUGAAAAAGUAGUUCAAGUUGUUACAGAUAAUGCAUCAAAUAAUGUUGCAGCAGGUAAAAUUUUUAUUUAAUUUUUUAUAUUACUAAAAAAAAUAUCAUUUUAUUUUUAUUAUUAAUGGAAUGAAUUUUUCUACUUGUUUAUGACA